UUCCUAAAUAUAGAACGCUUCGUCAUUCGGCACUGUUAACGGUAAACCCUUUCCUCAAAUUCUGUUUCAGGCAUUCCACUGAUUAUCAUGAAUUUUGGACAUUUCAAUGCUACUUCUUCAAGAGUGGCAUUUCAUUUCUGAUCUCAUCAAAGAUAUUCUUUUUUUACAACAUGAUACCAAAAUUGAAGAAUGAUGUGGGAAAGAAUAAAGGACAUUAUAUGUGUUUAUAUUUGUGUGUUUAUUUUUAUUAACCAAUGUUCUUGUAACAGCAUUGCACUUAAACAACAGGAUUGUCAGAAAGACCAAGUGGAAAGAUUGUACAGAGGAAGACAUAUCUGUUGUUAUCCUAUUAAAUGUAAACCAGGUCAAAAGUUUGACUUCUGUAGAACAAAUAAUGGACAUGACACUUGUCAGAACUGUCCUAAUGGGUACAGCCAUAAUGAUUUGAUUGAUACUGCUAAAUGGUUUUUUAGAAUAGAUCCAUGUGUACCUGUAGAGGAUUGUUCUGAUUAUUCUGAUUUAAUACAAGAAAAUGGAGAGUGUGUAUGUGACAGAACAAGAGGUUAUUAUGGAAGAGACAAACAUAAAUGUGCUGCUGACCCAAAGUGCAAGAAAGCAGGAUUUGAACUGAGUCAAGAUGGACACUGUUUAAUGUGUGGAGAGGAACAUUUCAAGAUUAACUAUGAUUACAGCUUAUGUAUAAACAAGACCAGGUGUACAAAUGAUCAAGAAGUGGACUUUAAAGGUUCUCACAUGGUAGACAGAACAUGCAGAAGGAGAAUAGACCCAAAACCAGACAUUUCAGCCCCAGUAAAACCUAUCAUCAAAGAGACCAACAAGACAAAAUAUUAUAUGAAAGUGGGUGAUGGUGAUAGAAGUAAAGGCACUGAGAAAAAAAAUGAAACUGUUGAAGUUCCAGAUUUGGAUAGGCCAAUCAAGGAGGUCUCUAAACAUAGCAGUGAUGGAAAUUUGAAAUUAAUUGUGGCACUGGUAAUCUCUCUUCCUGGAAUUAUUGUAUCUUACAUUAUCUACCGCCGCAGUAAAAGAGGUCAACAGUGGAAUGAUUUGCCUUGUAAUCUAAAUUGCUGUCCCCAGAAUUCAGUUAAUCACAAUAAUGUUUAUAAUAAAAAAUAUAUCAAUGUUGAAGCCAAAAAUGUUGUGGUUGGAGAUUGUGGAAAAAUAGUAGCAGAUGAAGAUUCAGAAGUUAGUGAAAAUACACCUAUGAAGGAAAUAGAUAUUGACUAAAAUUAUAUUAAAAAAAAUAUACUGAACCUGCAGCUAAUAUAUGAAUCCUGUGUGAAUAUAUUUUGUGAAAAUGAAUAUUGACUAUGAAUAAUGUUAAUAGAGUAAAUUAUGCAUACAAUAUAUAUCCUGUAACCUUAAGAUUAAGUGAACAACAAUACUUAUUACAUUUUGUACAAGUACAUUUUAUUUUGUAUCCAAUUAAUGGAUAGCUCUGUCAUUUGUCAACUGUAAAUCAUCAGUUCCAUAGCUGUGAACAAAUUUAUUUUGGACCAUUUACUUACCAUGGUAUGCAUUCAAAUGACAACAAAACUUGUGCAUAUUAUAGUUCAUUUCAUCAUCCUCUUGUGUGUUUAGGGCAGACUAUUGGUGAAUAAAAUUAUAUUUUCAGGCAUUUUAAAAUUGAAAUUGUUUUAAGGACAAUUCUUAUUUCCCGUAAUAGUUAUCAGUAACAUUACAAGGUACAAAAUUCUGAACAUUUCAUUUUGCACUUGUCCUGACUCAAAGGUGUUGAAUCUUUUAUUUCUUUAUGCUUGUUUGAAGACUAUUUUUAUAAAGUAAUAAAAUGUAUAAUCAAUUUUUUAUGAGUUAUCUUCCCUUUUAUGUGUUUAUAAAAUGCAUUCUAUAUAAUUGAUAUUUGAAUGUUUUAAAUGUUCUAUGUGACUUUUAGUUUUUAACUCAAAUCUUUGUCAUUUUUCAAGGUUUUUUUUUAAACCAUGAUUGUAUUCAUUUUCUUUAUAUUUUAUGAGUUAUGAAAAGUGAUGACUUUAGUGUAGUGUGUAUGCAUAAUAGAUAACAGAGAGACAUAUUAAGGGGAAAGUCUGGAUGGGAUGUCAUUUCUGUAUUUUUUUAUUUUUAAGUUUAUUUUUCUCUAAGUCUUUAUAUUUUUUGCCCAUUAUUCUCUAUAAUUCUUUAUAUUUUAGCAUUCCAUUAUUCUCUUAUUUUUUUUAUAUUUUAGCAUUCCCUUAUUCUCUAUUAUGUUUUUUUUUUGGCAUAUUUUUUCUAUUCUUUAUUUUUUUUUGUCGAGCCUUCGACUUUUGUCGAAAAAGCGAGACAUAGCGAUCCUACAUUCCGUUGGCGGCGGCGGCGUCCACAAAUAUUCACUCUGUGGUUAAAGUUUUUGAAAUUUUAAUAACUUUCUUAAACUAUCCUGGAUUUCUACCAAACUUGGACAGAAGCUUGUUUAUGAUCAUAAGAUUAUAUUCAAAGCAAAUUUUGUAAAAAAAAAAUUCCAUUUUUUCCGUAUUUUACUUUUAAAUGGACUUAGUUUUUCUUCCAGGAAAAAUUACAUUCACUCUGUGGUUAAAGUUUUUGAAAUUUUAAUAACUUUCUUAAACUAUCCUGGAUUUCUACCAAAUUUGGAAAGAAGCUUGUUUAUGAUCAUAAGAUAGUAUCCAGAAGUAAAUUUUGUAAAAAAAAAAUUCCAUUUUUUCCGUAUUUUACUUAUAAAUGGACUUAGUUAUUCUGCCAGUUAACAUUACAUUCACUCUGUGGUUAAAGUUUUUAAAAUUUUAACAACUUUCUUAAACUAUCCUGGAUUUGUACCACACUUGGACAGAAGCUUGUUUAUGAUCAAAAGCUAGUAUCUAUAAGGAAAUUUUGAUAAAAUUUGUUCCAUUUUUUCCAUAUUUUACUUAUAAAUGGACUUAGUUUUUCUUCCAGUCAACAUUACAUACAGUCUGCAGUUUAAGUUUUUAAAACAUUUAUUAGAUUCAUAAAUUAUCCGUAUUUUUAACAAACUUUGACAGAAGCUACUUACAAUCAAAAGAUAGUAUAGAGAGGAAUAUUUUUAUUUUUUUCCCCUCAUUUUUGUUGAGCCUGCGAUUAACAGCAAAAGUAGGCGAGACACUGGGUUCCGCGGAACCCUUACAAAUGUUUUGCCCAUUUUUCUGCAGUAUCAACCCGUUAUUCUCUAUUCUGUAAACCCCAUCCAGAUCCUCAUAAGGGAUUAUCUGAUAGUUUAAGAAAAUUUCUCACAAAAUGUUUAAAUUGCAUAAAGAGUAUUUCCUUUUGGCACCAUAAGUUAUUUAUUAAAUUUCAUCCUCAUAGAUUUAUGGUAUACAUCAAAUCAAUUUUUUGAAAAAUUCAUGAAAGCAGCUAUUUUCACAAAAAAAUAUUUCAAGAAAUAAUGCUAGAGUGGUAAACAUUCAUUGUAUCAUUGUAGCAUAUGAUCAUUAUUAGUUUUGUUGUCAAGCCUGUGACUUUUGUCGCCGAAAGCUCGACAUAGGGAUAGUGAUUUGGCAGCGGAGGCGUUAACUAACUUCUUAAAAGCUUAAUAUUUCAGAAGGUAGAAGACCUGGAUGCUUCAUACUUUGUAUAUAGAUGCCUUAUGAUAUAAAGUUUCCGUCUGUCAUAUGUCCAUUGUCCUUGACCUCAUUUUCAUGGUUCAGUGACAACUUGAAAAAAAAGUUAAGAUUUUUUUGUAAUGUUAAUGAUUUUAAGGUGUACAUGUCUGUCUGGCAGGGUUCAUCUGACCUUGACUUCAUUUUCAUGGUUCAUUGGUCAGUAUAGAAUUUCCAUGGUUUGGUCUGUUUCUUUUAUACUAUAAGCAAUAGGUCAUCUAUAUUCUGUGUAUGGAAUGAUUGUAUUAAAGGUGUACAUGUAUUUCCGGUUUGGUUUAUCUGACCUUGACCUCAUUUUCUUGGAUCAUAAAUGUUAAUGUGAUACUUGUAGUAAAACUUUAUAUGUAGGACUAUCAACAUAAAAUCAAUGGUCAGUAUAGUAGGCGAGACAUUUCAGCGUGUGCACUCUUGUUUAUAUAAAUAAGAAGAUGUGGUAUGAGUGCCAUUGAGACAACUCCCCAUCCAAGUCACAAUGUAUAAAAAGUUAACAAUUAUAGGUCAAAGUACGGCCUUCAACACAGAGCCUUGGCUCACACCGAACAGCAAGCUAUAAAGGGCCCCAAAAUGACAAGUGUAAAACAAUUCAAACAGGUAAACCAAAGGUUUAAUCUAUAUAAAAAAGAGAAACACCUAUGAACCACACAAAUAAACGAUAACCACUGAAAAACAGGCUCCUGACUUACUACAGGUGCAUAAAAAUGCAGCGGGUUUAAACAUUAAAACAGGCGCCAACCUUCUUCCUAACCUGAGACAAUAGUGUAACAUUACAACAUAAAAAGACACACUAUAAAAUAUUAUUUGUUUAUAAAAGGCCCUCAACUCUUCACUCUUUAAAAUUGCAUGUCGCUGAUGACAAUUUCCAACAUAUUAGUCCCAUAGACCACCGCCUCAUUUCGGUAGUUGAGACAAUUUCCAAUCGUUGUUAUAAAUGUGUUGUUAUUUUUAGAGUCACAAUGCUGUAAUGAUAAGGAAGUAUACUACCUUGGAUUCAUUAUUAUUUGUGGGAUACUAAAAUUAAUGCAGGCUUUGGCCAAACCCUUGAAAUCAAAUAGUCACGAAAAUGCAAGAUUUCCUAAAUCCACGAAAAUUGGUACACACAAAAAUAAAUGAAUCCACAGUAUUUGAUUUAGAGUAUGCCAAAUUUUAGUAAUGCUCUUGCCAAAAAUGUAUUGGUUACUUCAGCUUAAUAUGUAGUUCGUUGUUAUUUGUUUCAUAAUAUCAAAGAUAUAUAAUGUAGUUUUGUUUCUUAAUAUCAAAGAUACAUAAUGUAGUUUUGAUUCAAAAUAUUUUAUUCAACAAACUUGUAUAUUUACAUUGGAUAUUGUAUUCAUUUUUAAAUCAAAUUCCUCUGGUCACGUUGCCAACAAUCCUUGCAUAUAUAUCAGAUAUGUAUUAAAAAACAUUUUUCAUUCUAAAACUUGCAGCAGUACCAAAUCAUUAUUUAGGUACAUUGUAUUAUGAGUUUUUAUAAUAUAGAUACAUGAUGCUUAUUUGUUCAUAGAGUAACUUUAAGAGCUGUUGUAAGAUGAUCAGUUGUAAAAGAAAGUGUUCAGUCAGCAAGAAUUUGAAAUAAAGUCAAUAAAUACAUUACUAGAUGUAGUCUAGUAUAAUAUCUGCAUAGUAAACAAGGCUACACAUGUAACAAUUUAAAUGCUCAAUCUUCAAUAAUUGUUAUGAAUGAUGAAAUACUAUAAAUUCAGAAAUUAA